AGACGAAACAGUUCGAUCGAGUAGCGCAGAGCUGUGCGGUCUCGAUUGCGCUGUAUUCGACACUUGGUUUUUGCCGAGCGCACAUGAGUCUUCGAAUGAACUAGACGACGAUCCAAGAAACACAUAUAAUAAACGCUAACUCUCAUCUCUGUCUUGAUUUUUAGCUAUUACAUACCUAUAUCGAUUUUUGUCAGGCCUUCGAAGGGAAACAGGUGUGCAUUUCGAUCUCACAGUUCAGUUCAGCGCAGAAAUUUUUAACCCGAUAAUAAUGGAUUUUGCAAAUAGCGACACCGUCAUUUAGAGUAAUUAAUAGACUCCACUCAUGUCGCGCUGAUAGCCGAUAAGAGAUGUCUGGCCAGGCGCAGAAGCCCGACUGGAUUCGGCCGCCGGGUCCGCUUAAAGUUUGGAAAAUCAUCGACGGCUAUGAGAUGAUGAUGGACGGCACCUGGAGUCCCAUCAAGAUAUCAAUCCAGGAGAUACCACCUGAUCGACACGAGGAGGUCAUCCAACACAUGUGUACCUACUUCCUGAACGAUGACCCGGUCUGCAAGAGCUUGAAAACAAAAGAUGAUCCUAAAAGGCUUAUGGAUACCAUAAUGCUCUGGAGACAUUGUCUACAACAAGGUUUAGUCGUCGGUGCAUUCACGAUCGAUUAUUUUGGAAGGCUAUCAAAAUUAGCUGCGGUCAACAUGCUGCUUGUGAUAACAGAUUAUUCGGAGCUUAGUUUAGUAGACAUCGUGAAAAAAUUUUCAUCGCCACUGUCCAUUCGUUUGUUUAAAAUGUAUUACGAGCUGUCGCUUAAGGCGGAUGUCUGCAAGAUCUUCGGAGUGGAUAAGUAUAUUUACGCCACUGGCUUAAGUGUCGCAUAUGCUUAUCGUGGACAAAAGCUUGGACAGCGUCUUUUAGAAGCUAGGACAGACAUCGGAAGGUAUUACGGCAUUAAGGCAACGUCGUCAACUUUCACAUCGCCUGCAUCUCAGGUCCUGGCGGAGCGCGCUGGAUUCAAAGUUGCACACGUACAGUAUUAUGCGAAUCUAGUGAACAGAGAUGGGACACCUGCUUAUCCGGACAUCGAGGCUACGGAUAUGAAGAUCAUGAUCAAAUACCUGGAAUAAUAUGUCAUCCUAUUCCACGAUACUUUUAUAUUACAAUUCCCUUGACGUUUAUUCGAUAUUGAAAUUAUAAUAACUAGUUUUACGAGUAUGAAUGAUAAUUUCGCUUUGAUUGAUUUGGGAUGACUGAAAAUACAGAAUAGUUAUAUUUAAGAUCAAAGAUGGAUUGUAUACGUUCGGGUGCUUCCAAUGCUUUGUAAUGCCUCUUUUUAAUUAUAAUUUUGCAUUUAUACUUUUGAUCGGUUCUUUUUUUAAUGAAUUGUAAAAUAAAUUGUAAAAUAAAUUUAUUUACUACAAUGUAGUACGUAUCAUUUAUGAUGAUUAUAUUACUAAACAAUUUUUCAUUUAUAAACUAACUAUUUGUGAAAUUCUUAUGAGAAGCGAAUUCAUCGCCAUUUCACAGGCAGUUAUAAGUUAUAAGUAAAUAUCAAAUUAAUCAAUUUCAUUCUAUUUUGCAACUAUCGAUAAUUAUAGUUAUCUGAAACCUUAUGGUUUAAGAAGAUUAUAAGUUGAUUUAGAAAAUAAAACUUAUAUUUGAACAAAAAUA